CACUUUCUCAUCAUUUCUCGCUUACCGACCUCUACGUCGUAUAUCCUAUAUUACAAGGAGGAAUAGUUGGUGGUAAUCAUAAAACUCUCAUUAUGGCUGACCGCUUCCCGUCGUUGGAUGACUUCUCUGCGGGACAGACCCAAGCUAUCGAAACCAGCGGCACAGAUGAGAAUGACUUUUUAGCCCGUGAGCGAGCUCUCCUCGGCGAUGAUGCCGACCAAUUUGCGACUGCCCAAGACGUCACUUCCACAGAUGUGAACAAUGACGAACUACUGGGAGGCCCGGAAGAGGCACAGGCCGGCGCUGGGCCUGAGAUUUCGGGCUUUGAAUCCUCGUUCCCGGCCAUUGACACACAGAAUGAGCAAGUUGCUCCCGGCGGCACCAUUACCGGAACUGGUGCGCCCUUUCCGCCAACCGGUUACUCAAGCUACCAGGCUCCUGAGGAGGAGGCCGAACCCGUCAGGGAAUGGCGCGAGAGGCGGGAUGCAGACAUCGCACGUCGGGCGGAGCUCUCGAACGAGAAGAAGGAAGCUACUAUAAAAAAGGCUCAGGAAGAUAUCGACGACUUUUACGUAUCUUAUAACAACAAGGCGGAUAAACUUCGGGCCCAGACUGCGGCCGAAGCUGAGCAAUUCCUCGCCAAUCGCGAAGAUACAUCGUCCGGGGGAACAAGCUGGGAGCGCAUCGCGAAACUCGUGGAUGUAUCUGGAAAGGGCACCAGAGGCGGUGCAAGCGGAUCAGGCAAAGAGCGCUUUCGCGAGUUGCUGCUGAGUCUCAAGAAGGACGAGAGAGCGCCUGGCGCUAGCGGGGUUUGAUUUACUUUUCUGCUGAUUCCCUAAUAUUCUGGCCUUUAUCUUCUCCUGAUGUACGUAAUUAGGCACUUGACUUUUUAGCUUGCAUUCCACCGUCUACACGUUCGGUAUGUAGUUAUUGCGACGGCACUUGGCCCACAAAGGAGCGUUGGAGUUGGUCGGAUAUAGGACGGUAGUCGUGAUUAACUGGGUUCCCGGACAUGGAAGCCUGCUUAUACUCUUGCGGCUCGUCUU